AUGGACUCCUUCAAUCUAGACAAACUCAAACAAUACAUCCCCAAAGAGCUGCCCAGCGUCCAGCUCCCCUCCUGGCCCCUCACACCCUCUCGCAGCGCCCAAAACGAAGACGACGCCGACAUCCCAACACUCCAAGACGAAGAGCUGAACGACAAUGGAGCCGCCCUGUCCUUUGCCGAGCCCAAAGCCAUUCCUCCAGGCCCAAAAAGCAACCUGGACCUCAUCAACGAAUGCGACAACUUCCCUUACUACAAUGUAAAUCGCCAGCUCUACCUCGCCCACGUCAACACCUACUACGCUCUGUCCGUGCACUCCCACCCCGACACAGAACUCGGCUACGUCCUGCCCUCCGUAGCGCAGAUAUUCCGUGGCUUACCUGAUUGGAAGGUCGACGACGAUGAACGAAGACUCACGCUAUUGACAGGCGAGUCAGAAGAGGAGCGCACAAGAGUUGUCGCGGCGACUACACAAGCAAUGAAGGCUACGGGUCACUUCGCCGUGCUGAAGGGCUGGAGGAAUGAAUUAUACCCCGUUUACGGGCCGAACAGGGAGCUGCUGUUCAGUAUCGAGCGAUCCGCGAGCGCGCUGUUCGGCAUCGUGACAUAUGGGGUUCAUUUGACGGCGUACACGAAGAGGAAGCAGGACGGCGAGGGACAGGACGAAACGGAGGGGAUGCGGAUAUGGGUGCCGAGAAGAGCGGCGACGAAGUCAACGUAUGGUGGAAUGCUGGACAAUACGGUUGCAGGAGGCAUGGCUACCGGCGAGACGCCCUUCGAGUGUCUUGUACGGGAAGCCGACGAGGAGGCGAGUCUGCCGGAAGCGGUGGUGCGCAAAGGUGUCAAGGCUGUCGGCACCGUCACGUACUUCCACAUCCGCGACCAUCGAGCAGGAGGCGAGACGAAGCUGUUGCAGCCCGAGUGCCAGUACGUGUACGAUUUGGAGCUGGCCGAGGACGUUGUGCCGAAGCCCGGGGAUGACGAGGUGGAGGCUUUCGAGCUCAAGACGUUGGAGGAGGUCAAGCAGGCGCUCAGGGAUGGCGAGUUCAAGCCGAACUGUGCGCUCGUCUUGCUCGACUUCUUCAUACGCCAUGGCUUUUUGACCGAAGACGAUACUGGGUUUAUUGAGAUUGUCGCCCGGCUGCACAGACGGCUGGACUUUCCCACGAGGUAG